AUGUCCUCAGCCAACCAGAAAUUCACCUGUGGAUUCUGGAACUGUACGAGAGGGUUCGAUAGAUGGUCAAGACUCGAAAAACAUUUCAGAGAUCAUAUCAACAACAACGUUCGAUAUAGUCGUCCUCAAAACCCCGCCAUCUCUACCUCGUCUGCCCCUCAAGUCCGCCGAAGGAGAAACAGGUCCACUCCAAGACGAAGAAAUAAGAAGAAUCGGACCUUGAACGAUCGAGAUCAUAUUCCUUCUAUCACUUGUGCGCGCAACAUCAACCCAAUGACAAUCGAUAUUCGUACCCCAUCGCUUUCACCUGAUACGCCAUCCGAAGCUGAAAGCGAGAUGGAAGUGGAUAUCGUCGAACCAGUCCAAGAGGCUGAGACACCACCUACUACUACACCAAGUAAAAGGGGACCAAGAUGGGCUGUCGCUCCACCUUCGCCUACGCCACCUUCCGUCGAAGAACAGGAUGAAAUCAUGCAACAAGACGAUACGGAUACUAAUGGUGCGGGUGGUCCGAUCUUAAAGGAUGAGAUCAAUCAUUCGGAUGAUGGUGAUAUCGACCAAGCUGAAGAGACGAUCGGCAGUCCUAUCCCAUCUGCACUCGAACCACAUCGACUCGAUCCACGACUUGAUGGUGACGAAGUCAUCGAAUCUCCCAUUGCUCGACUUGGCACAGCUACACCUCGAGCCCAUCGAUCUCAUUCCCAGGACUCUGCCAUCAUCAUCACUCCUCGACCUCGAUUCAGGAACAAAAUCAAGGAUAGUGCCCGCAGAACCCCCGACAAUAUCGAAGUUGACGAGAUACCUAUCAUACCUACACCUAAUUCACUCGAUCCGUUCAUCAGAGAUGCGAUGAAGUCCAUUGGACCACGAAGAGGAAGGAGUGAAACUCCUUGUCCCAUGCCUGUUGCGGGAAAUCCGGUACAUUUUCAAAGCUACGACUUGACUUUGUCCGGAGGAUCAGUCCCAGCUCCUCAGGCUCUUCCAAAGACCACCAGCUUGCCUGUCAGCGACUCUGUAAACCAAACUUCUGGCGAUAAUGGUUAUCCAUCAACGCCGAAUCCCACUCUGACACCAUCUUCACCAAGCCAAUCCACCGCUCCCAACAGUCCAAACGUCAUCGUCUCAACUGAAUCAUUUGUCGAAAAGUUAAAGCAAAUAUCCAACGGACCAUCAGACAAUCAACUCCUCACGCAAUUGCCCUUCUCACGCCAAUCUUCUAGUGACGCGAUGGUCAAUGGCUCGCCUCUUGCCGAUGCGAAAUCGACUGUAAAGAGAGUGGUCCAUCUCUUUGAAGAUAUCAAUGACAAUGAGAGAAGGAAUAGAGCAAAGAUGGCUGAAUUGGGUAUUUUGAUUGAUACUUUAGGAAAAUUACAUGGUGUUGAUCUUUAG